CAGUAUGCAAGUGUCGAGAAAGAUGGUGAGUUUUUCAUGUCUCCGAAUGACUUUAUCAACCGGUACCUGAACAUUUUUGGCGAUUGUCAGCCCAACCCCGAGACCGUGGAGCUCCUGGGAAGCGUGGUGGACCAGACCAAGGAUGGGCUCAUCUCCUUCCAAGAGUUCACGGCCUUCGAGUCUGUCCUGUGCGCCCCGGACGCCACCUUCGUGGUGGCCUUCCAGCUCUUUGACAAGGCUGGGGAAGGAGAGGUGGCCUUCGAGGACGUGAAGCGGGUUUUUGAGCGGACCACCAUCCACCAACACAUCCCCUUCAACUGGAACUCGGAGUUUGUGCAGCUGCAUUUUGGGAAAGACCGGAAGAGGCGGCUGCCCUACACGGAGUUCACCCAGUUCUUACUGGAAAUACAGUUGGAGCACGCCAAGCAGGCCUUCAUGCAGCGGGACGCCGCACGUUCCGGGCGCGUCACCGCCAUGGACUUCCGGGACAUCAUGGUCACCAUCCGCCCCCACAUCUUGACGCCUUUUGUGGAGGAGAGCCUGGUUGCGGCAGCAGGAGGCGCCACGGCCCAUCAGGUCAGCUUCUCCUACUUCAACGGCUUUAAUUCUCUCCUCAACAACAUGGAGAUCAUCAGGAAGAUCUACAAGACUCUGGCCGGCAGCAGGAAGGAUGUCGAGGUCACCAGGGAGGAGUUUGCUUUGGCGGCCCAGAAGUUCGGGCAGAUCACCCCCAUGGAAGUGGACAUCCUGUUCCAGCUGGCCGACCUCUAUGAGCCAAGGGGACGCAUGACCUUGGCCGACAUUGAGAGGAUCACCCCCCUCAUGGGGGACCAGCUGCAGUGCCGAAUGACGGAAAUUCAGAAGCAGAGGAUUUCCCGAGACCCGCGCCCGCUCGUCCUCCACGUGGCAGAGUCCGCUUACAGGUUUGCCCUGGGCUCCGUUGCCGGAGCGGUGGGGGCCACGGCCGUCUACCCGAUCGACCUGGUGAAGACGCGGAUGCAGAACCAGCGCUCCACGGGCUCCCUGGUGGGGGAGCUGAUGUACAAGAACAGCUUCGACUGCUUCAAGAAGGUGCUGCGCUACGAGGGCUUCUUCGGGCUCUACCGAGGUCUCUUGCCGCAGUUGUUGGGGGUCGCCCCGGAGAAGGCCAUCAAGCUGACGGUCAAUGACUUUAUCCGAGACAAGUUUGAGCAUAAAGACGGCUCCAUCCCCCUGUUGGGGGAGAUCAUUGCCGGCGGCUGCGCCGGAGGCUCGCAGGUGAUCUUCACCAACCCCCUGGAGAUCGUGAAGAUCCGCCUGCAGGUGGCGGGAGAGAUCACCACGGGCCCCCGCGUCAGCGCGCUCUCCGUGCUCCGCGACCUGGGCUUCUUCGGGAUCUAUAAGGUAACCCUCGGGCUGGGCCAGCGGGGGUGCAGCAGACAUCCUGCAGGGAGGGGGCCUCCUCCCCGCCUCAGCCCGCUCCCCAAACAUCCCCGCGUCCUUAGGAACCCCCAAGACAAACCACGGCAGAAAAACACGGGAAAUGCGGGGAAAACUGCCGGGCCCGGGGGAGGGGAGGGAAACCGGGGCCAACACCUCCCCCUCUCCGGCCAAGCGCGUUUCCCUCCCUCGCCGCCAGUUACGGGCCUGCUGACCUACGAGCUGCUGCAGCGCUGGCUCUACGUGGAUUUCGGGGGCCCAAAACCGGCCGCGCCCGAGUCGGCCGUCCCGCCCCAGCUGGCGCGCCUGGGCGUGCCCAACGCCGACCACGUCGGGGGCUACAAGCUGGCCGUGGCCACCUUCGCGGGCAUCGAGAACAAGUUCGGACUGUACCUGCCGCGCUUCAAGCCGUCCGCGCCCAUCCCCUAGCUCCCCGGCCCGCGCCGCUGACCGGCCGGCUGGGGCGGCCCCGCCCCGCUCCGACCAAGCGCGGGCUUUUAUCAUGAUGCUCCUGCCGUCACUCGGGUUUGUGCUUCCUUAGCCGGUCACGGUGAAAGUGCCGCGGGAGGCGCUCUGGGCCGCCAGCCAGC